AUGGCAGCAACAUCUAACACUCUCAUCGUCCGCACGCGUUCGGGCGAGCCUCAAUUGGUCCAGGAACGGCUUCCUUUGCCUAUUCCCGGCAAAGGACAAGUCCAGGUCAAGUCCAAAGCUUCGAUAAAAAUGCCUUUGGCAAUGUGGGCCGUUCUGGGAUGCGAUUUUGUCGGUGAGGUGACCAAGCUUGGCGAAGGAGUCACUCGCCUCGCAAAGGGCGAUAUUAUAGCAAGACUCAUUUGGGGAGGUGAGAUUCCUAGCCUCGGUGGCUAUAGCGAGUACACCAUUGCCGACCAGAACAUCUCUUUCAAAGUGCCCAAAGGUAUCAUUCGGGAGCAGGCCAGUACUGUUCCAUUGGCAGCCGCUACGGCAUGGCUUGCGUUAUUUUCCAAGGACUGUUUGAACCUCGACCGCUCCAAGGCAGCGGGCACUAGUGUGCUCGUGUGGGGAGGCAGCUCAAGUGUUGGUCUUUACACUAUUCAGCUGGCUUCUCUCUGCGGCUUCGACGUGGUCACGACCUGCAGUCCUCACAACGCCGACCUCGUUCGCUCUUGUGGCGCCAAGCAUGUCUUCGACUACAACGACGCAAAGGUAAUCGAAAAGAUUCAAGAGGCUGCACCGGGCCUCAAACAUAUUUUCGAUACAAUCGGCAACACUUCAUCUUCAUCCAUUUCCUCUCGGGCCUUGGGCGAUCGCCAGGGACAUCUUUGCACUGUUCGACCUGGCAAGGCAAACACAGAGCAAGUCACCUCCAACACAAAUGUUACAGAUGUACUUGUGUGGACUGCUUUCCUCAAGGAUCAUCGAUAUGCUCAUUUCUACUGGCCGGCCCACAAGGAAGAUCACAGACUUUCUAGUGAGCUAUUUGAAAAAUUGCCCCUGUGGCUGGAGCAGGGUAAAAUCCAGCCGAAUAAGUCUAAGGUACUUCACGGGUUAGAUUUAGUGCCUGAGGGUUUCCAGGAAUACCGCGAUGGCGUCAUUUCUGCCUACAAGAUUGUGUAUGAGCUGUGA